UCCGACGCAGCAGACAUUCCAGAGUACUGUAGAGUGGGGUUCCAUGGGGCUGGCGGGUCCUGUGUGGCUGCUGGGCGGCGUGGCCCUGGCCCUGCAGUGGGCCUUGUGGGUGCUGGCGGCAGCCUUGCGCACCGAGAAGUUCUACGACUUAGCCGGGAGUGGGACAUUCAUCCUACUGGCACACCUAAGCCUCAGAUGGGGCAACACCCAGCAUCCUCGGCAGCAAGUCCAAACAGGGCUAGUGACUAUCUGGGGUCUGAGGCUGGGCCUUUUCCUCUUCCUACGGAUCUUGAAGGAGGGGCGCGACAGACGAUUCCAUGGUGUAAGAGACCACCCAGGCACUUUUUUUGUUUACUGGACAAUGCAAGGUGUCUGGGUAUUUAUAACACUUCUCCCUACUCUACUGCUAAAUCUGGAGAAACGUGAAAAGCCUCUGGGAUUUUGGGAUUACCUUGGAUGGAGCACCUGGGCAGUAGGGUUCAUUGUAGAGGCUGUAGCUGACCAACAGAAGUGGCACUUCAGAAGCAAUCCUGAUAAUGCAGGGAAGUUUAUUCAGAGCGGCCUGUGGGCAUAUAGUCGCCACCCCAACUACCUAGGGGAGAUUGUCCUGUGGACAGGACUCUUUGUGUCAGCCACAUCGGUGCUACGUGAGUGGCAAUACAUCAGCAUCGUCUCACCACUGCUUGUGUGGUACUUGCUUAAUUACGUCAGUGGGAUUCCACUGCUAGAGAAAGCAGCCAUGAAGAGAUGGGGGAAGGAGGCAGCUUUUCAGGCCUACUUGCAGAAGACACCUAUACUGUGGCCUGUUGGUUUCAGGCAAUAGAACACAAGGCAGUCCUAGCAUGGAGACCACCUUAUACUACACCUCCUGCAGUACGUGUUUAGUCAGCCAGUUGUUCAUAUUCUUGGAGCAGCCUAACUCCAAUGUGUGUUGAAAAUCUAUAAAGUGAAAUACAUCAGGGUGUACAAAUA